AUGGCUGUGCUGCCUUCCCCGGACGCCGGCCCCAGCAAAGUCCGGUCGUAUUUGCUUGAUCUCCUACUUCAAGAACACGAGGCCCCUUCCAAACUCGCCCAAACCUCUGCCGAUAAGUGGGUGUUAGGCCACGGGAGGGACCUGCGGCGGCAAUCCCGGGAGCAAUUCAGCCAGCUCUUCGGAGAGUCAGUGGGUCCAUAUGUGUACCAAAGCGUCAGAAGAGAUGUGGAGGCCGAACGGCGAUCGUCCCCCGAAUGGAAACGCACCUACUGGAUCAUGGUGACUGUCAGCGUUGCUGCUACCCUCUUCCUGAUCCAGGCGUAUUACUCGAACUCGCUGGCGCAGAGGGUGGAUAAUAUAGGAUAUGCGAUGUUGAUCUGCGUCGUUAUUGCGAUGGCGGAAGUUGUUGGUGUUGUUUCGAGCGCCAUCACUUUCGCGACCGUUGUCUCCCAAGUCACGGAGUCUAUAAUCACGAUCAGGGACUACUGGAGCCAGUUUCGUGAUGCACCCAAUGACCUCAAAUGUCUAAUGCGGGAUCUUGAAUUGUUUGGACUCAUUCUAGCUGAAAUCGAGGAAGAUCUAUCACAAGAUGCUUUCGCAUUCGCCCUAAAGGGCAGUAAGCACGCUUUGCAAAGUUUGGAAUUUUGUAGAGAAGCCGCGACAAACCUACAAACGAUAUCUGACGACCUUUUGCAUGACAUGAAUUCCUCUAGUCAUCUGCGAAAAUCUUAUGCUGCCGCAAAAGUGGUAAUGCAGAGAGGGAAAGUAGAAAGGCAUAUUGCCCGGCUACGAAACGCGAUUCAAUUGCUAUCACUGUCCCAGCAGAGCUAUACGAGCCAUUCAAAGAGCAAGCCACCUGAUUCAUUGAACGAUACAACAGAAAGGGUGUCACGGGGCAAGAUGUCUCACCACGCUCACGCAUCCAAAUAUUUGUGGCGCCUCAGCUUACCAUCCUGGCUGAGUUCAAAGGCUCUAGAAGUAUACAGUGAGAGAGUUCAACAAGGCUGGCAAUGGGUUUUUCGAACGUACAAUGUGAUCCCGUCAACAUCGAAGGUAGUCUCAUCGACGGUAGCUGGCAAUAUUGAAGAUUUGCAAAACCUAUUUGCCACGAAACAGGCCUCUCCUUUUGAUCGAACAGAUCGCUUCGGGUACACGCUCCUACACUACGCCAUGCUCGGACCUAGGAAGGAGGAGGUUCUGAAAUUUCUCCUCAAUCAGGAAGUUGACUCUUCUAUCGCAGGGGCCCAUCCCAAUCUCGAAACACCGCUCAAUAUGUUGGUAUUCUGUGGGACCCUUGGACUUGGCAAGGGUCAGCCAUUGCUUCCGUGUUUACGUCUUCUACUUCGCUAUACGAAAGAAACCUCUUACGAAGACACACCAGAAGAAACGAUAGGUGGAGAUUUAUCCCGGUUUCGUGGGUCAAGCGAGGAGUUCAGGUUUUUACAACAGCAUUGCUGUCCUUCAUAUUACGAAAUGCCCCAAGAAACAAGAAUUGCAGUGGCUUCGAAGGCCGCAUUUGGUGUUUGGGAUGCCUAUCAUAUGCCUAAAUUGAUCGAAACGAUGCUUGGACCAACUCCUUUGUCAGCCAAAGAUCUCCAAAUCAAAGGGCCAUGGCGUUUUGAUUCAAAGAACACGACACUUGUACAUUGUGUCGUGAGGAAGAUUGGAGCAAGUCAGGCUGCUCUGCAAGGGUCUCAUCCAUGGAAAAGACAAGUUCGCCAUCAAAGUCAGAGUUCCAGACUCUUUCUUUACCUCAAUAUGAGGGAAGGAUACUAUUAUCUCUACAAAUCGUAG